UGUGCCUUAACCUGAUUUUGAGCAAACUUAAAGCCUAUCUCCACCCUCAGCUCCUCAAUAUAAAUAUAUCUAUGCCUUCUACAUUUUCAUCACAAGCAUAUUAGCAUUUCAUCCCAUACAUUAAGCUCUCUCUGAAAAACUCGAUCUCUAAAAAAACACCAUGAUCAGUCCCAAGAAGCUCAUCAAGUUGGCCAAGAAAUGGCAGACAUUUGCUGCCAUCAGGAGGAGGAGGAUUUCCUUUCCAAAGCAAAACAAGGGCACAGACGGUUGUAGUACAUCGUCUGUGGUUAGCAAGGGGCAUUUUGUGCUCUACACAGCUGACCAAAAGCGGUUUGUGGUUCCCCUAGCUUUUCUUGACAACGAAAUCAUCAGGCAACUAUUAAUGAUGUCUGAAGAAGAAUUCGGGCUUCCAAGUGAUGGACCAAUUACGUUGCCGUGUGAUGCAAUCUUCUUGGAGUACAUCAUAUCUCUUCUCUCCCACGGUGCAAGAGACGAGCUUCAGAAUGCUUUGCUUCUUUCAGUUACUUCGAGUCGUUGCUCCUCAGUUUUAUAUCAAGAAGGGAGGAACCAGCAAUUGGCCGUUUUCUGACUUGAUUGUCAGCACUUUUUAAAAUCUUUGUAAAUGAUAACAAACUAAAUGUAGCUUUUUUUUUUUUUUUUUUGAAAACCACUAAAUGUAGCUUAGUACAUGUAGAUUUCAAGUUUUCUAUAUAACAAUUUUUGAGGCACUAAAAGAAGUUGUUUCAUGACUCAA